AUGGUCUUCACGCCGGAGACAUACCGUCUAAGAGCCAAGGAGCAUUGUCCGAACAACGAGCUCCCGGUACUGAUCUACCGCGACUGUCUUCCACUGCCGCUUUCGGAAGAGAAGGCGGCCGAGUUUCUCGAAGCCCACGCGUGGGUCAAGAAGGGCUGUUGGGGACACAUCGGCCAACGACAUUUCCACCCAAACACGCACGAAUGCUACGGUAUCUUCCAAGGGUCCUCGACCCUGCUCCUCGGCUGUGGUCACAAUGACACCACGGACGGCGGCCUUGAAGUCGAAGUCCAUGCGGGCGACGUGGUUGUCCUCCCGGCGGGAACUGGACACUGCAGCACCAAGAGCAGCAAGGACUAUAAAUAUAUUGGAGUCUAUCCCGAGGGAGCACCACACUGGACGAACCAGUUGGGCAAGGCGCCCAUUGAUCUAGAGGCAUUCAGAAACGAGAUCGGACAUGUGGAGAUGCCGUCGCAGGACCCGGUCAAUGGCGUCGAUGGGCCAUUGAUACUGUUAUGGACCAGGACUUAG